CGCUGGCGCCCCAGGCCGCUUUGGAAUUCCGGCAGCAAGUGAGCCCUCCCUCCCGUGACAGCCGCGAAGCGGAGAACUUUUCCUGCGUCCUUUAAAGGAACUGCCUUCUUAGGGUGAAUUGGAAUAAGUCUGUAAAGUUGCGGGAGGGGGGUGGAUUGCAUAACUUUCCGUCGGGGCCUGACUUGGACGUGCUUCAUCUGCUUUCGGAGAUCCUGUGAGAUAAAGAUAAAUUCGGAGAAGGGAAGGGGAGGCUGUCUUGGGAUUGCUGCUGGGCCUUUGGAAAAGCGGCCCGAAGAAUUUUUUGGUUCCUUGGUUGAGUGCCUUCUGUCUCGGAGGAGGAGGGAGUUCUCUUGUAUCUUUUGACUCUUCUGUCGAGUAACUAUUUGCCGGAGGACGGGCGGGGAGGGAGGUUAGAAGUUGGAAGGGCGUUUUUGAGAAGGUGAGAUCCUGACCCUCCCGCUCUGUUUCUCUGCAAGGGCUUCUUGCAGUCAAAGUCCUGCCAGCGCAAGGUGGGAAAAUGAACCCUGCAUCCGUCCCUCCCCCGCCGGGACAGCAGGUGAUCCAUGUCACCCAAAAUCUGGACACGGAUCUCGAGGCUCUCUUCAACUCGGUGAUGAACCCGAAGCCCAGCUCGUGGAGGAAAAAAAUCCUGCCCGAAUCCUUUUUUAAGGAGCCGGACUCGGGAUCGCACUCUAGGCAAUCCAGCACCGACUCGGGCAGCCACCCGCCCCGACUGAGCAGCGCUGCUGCCGGGGUCCACCACGUUCGCUCGCACUCUUCGCCCGCCUCCUUGCAGCUCGGUGCCGGGACUGGAGCCACUCCGAGCUCGGCUCAACAGCACGCUCACCUCCGCCAGCAGUCCUACGACGUGACCGACGAGUUGCCGCUACCUCCUGGCUGGGAGAUGGCGCUCACGCACACAGGCCAGAGAUACUUCCUCAACCAUAUAGAAAAAAUCACAACAUGGCAAGAUCCUCGAAAGACAAUGACCCAGCCAUUGAAUCACAUGAGCCAUCAUCCACCAACCACUUCUGCCCCAGUAUCCCAGCGAUCCAUGGCAAUGUCACAACCCAACCUUGUAAUGAAUCACCAGCACCCACCGCAAAUGACGCCAACUACAGCCAUGUCUCAACAGAGCCACCCUAGCCAAAACCCUCAGGCUGGCUUGUUGAACAUGCCAAAUGCCCUAACUUCCCAGCAGCAGCAGCAACAGAAACUGAGGCUUCAGCGGAUCCAGAUGGAAAGGGAGAGAAUUCGCAUGCGCCAGGAGGAACUGAUGCGACAGGAAGCUGAUUUGUACAGACAACUUCCCAUGGAGUCUGAGAACAUGGCCUCUGUUCAGACUGCUGUGAGUCCACCAAACAUGACCCAAGAUAUGAGAUCUAUUACAAAUAACGGAUCGGAUCCUUUCCUGAACAGUGGGCCAUACCAUUCCAGGGAGCAGAGCACAGACAGUGGCCUAGGCUUAGGAUGCUACAGCAUACCAACUACACCCGAAGACUUCCUCAGCAAUGUAGAUGAGAUGGACACAGGCGAUAAUGUAGCACAGACUCCCAUGAAUAUCAACCCACAACAAACCCGUUUCCCUGACUUCCUUGACUGUCUUCCAGGAACAAAUGUUGACCUUGGGACUCUGGAGUCUGAGGAUCUGAUCCCUAUCCUCAGCGAUGUGGAAUCAGUCCUCAACAAAAAUGAGCCCUUUCUCACUUGGCUGUAAUGAUACUCAGUGAAUGAUUUGGCCAUUGAGAUGCAAGAUUUCUUUUUUGCCUCUAGAAAUAAAUGCAGAACAGCCUCAAGUCCCUCAGCUAGACAACUAUGCCUUACUGACUUCCAAGAGACCCUUUUAUGUCAAUGAAUCUUUGUCUAGGCUUCAUUGGCAGUAACUUAAGUAUGAAAUAUAUGCAAAUAUAUACAUACAUAUCUAUUUUUAAGGAGCAGAACUAUGUAUAUGCAUCUAUAGCCUUUUGUUUUUAGUUACAUAGAAAUGUUCUGCGGACACGGGAGGUUUUCUUGUCUGUGUCAGCAGUUACAGUUGUUAGUUACAUGGCCAGAUUUUAAUGAACCAAAAAAGUUGACUCCAAGAAGCUUUAGGUUGCAGAAGGCAGCAUGGUUCCAAAAAUCUUAUAUGUAAUAAAGUCAUAUGCAGUUCUAUCACUGUGUUUAUGACAAUAGUACCAAAUAUGGUUUUUAAUCUAUAUAACUUGAGCUUUAAAACUCACUGUAUUUUUCAGUAUACUUGUGCUGCAUGGAAUACAGAUAUAUUUUU